AUGUCUGCGGUUAGAACCCGGUCGGACCGCCAGAAGAAGUAUCUUCAGGAUGUUAUCGCAGGAAAGCAGUCGGUCCAGAAUGUGAAUGACUUCAAGAGAUUUGUCGAGGCAGUUUUAGCCCAAAUUGACCAUUCCGUUGCUGUUGAACGUCUCAUGGCCAGCCCCAGCGCGUUGACUGCUCUUCAGAAGGGACUGCGAUUUAGCACAACGGCUGACUUCAUUAACCAGUACACGGCAAAGUUAUUACAAUACUUGAGCGGUCCGGGAAUCAAAAACCUCUGCAACGGGCAAUUUCUCGAGCGAAUCCUCCUCAUCUUCCUUGAGCCGCGUACCCUUUGGAAUGCCUGGAUGGAAGCGUUCGCAUCCCGAAAGCUGGACGACAAUGCAAUUUACGCGUUGACGUGGAUGAUGACGGAAUUACUCUCUUUACCGAGCUCCUGCGGAGUGGAUGUUAUUGCAGACGCGCAGACGAUGGUGAACGACGGGUCACUGCUUCGCUCUCCUUCUAUUGAGCUGCGUGGACUCGGACACAAGCUGAACCAUUUUCUGCAAAUGAAGUGUUCUGGGGGCAUGAUCGACUCGUCCGCGUUCACAGCGGGAGGCCGUCAUGAUAACGAUUUUCCUGAUUUCCGAAAGAUUGCCAUCCUUCCAACCUCCGAUGAGUUUAGCUGUACGGGAAGACCAUUCUUUCGUCGCGCCGAGGAUAUUGGGGAACUCCAAGGUCACCAGCGGGUAACGGCUUUCCUUGAUAAUCAAUUUCGGCUUUUGAGAGAGGACAUGCUUUCCGAACUACGGGAGGAUGUCCAGAUUGCAAACGGGAGGAAAAAGGGACGAAAAUUGACAUUCCGCCUAAGACAUCUUUCUGUUGCUCGGCUCUCCUGCGGCAGAGACAAUGACAUACGACUUCAUACAUGCUGCCUGGGAGUGAGCUGUAAGUCUGGCCUCGAGAACAUCAGCCAACUUUCAAAGGAGAAACGCGUAUCGUAUGUGAAGGAAAACCGAAAUUUUGUGAAGCACCAAGCCUUCGGGUGCUUGACCCGGGGAGCCGAAAUCGUGGCCUUCGCUACCAUAGAAAGAGAUGAAGAUGCUCUUGUCGCUGAGCCACCGAUAGUUAUGCUCCGGAUUGCUGGAGAUGAAGCCUUUAAGAAAACGCUAUUAUAUCUCAAGCUAUACAGCGACGUACAUUUCGUUCUUGUGGACACACCCAUGUUCGCCUAUGAGCCCAUUUUGAAAUGCCUUCAAGAGACGGUGGACCUUCCCUUGACGAAGGAAUUAUUCCUGCAACACGAAGGGCAGUCCGUGAACGAAUCAAAAAUUGUUUCUCUGAAUGUGGUCAAUGCAAUUAAGGAGCAUGGCAAUGGCGAUAUGCAAAGCGUUCUGGGAAUCUCAAAGCCGCUCGAGUCACUGCUUGCGGGGUUGACUCAGAGAGUCAGCCUUAUACAAGGUCCUCCAGGCACUGGGAAAUCAUUCAUCGGCGCCCUCCUGACGAAAGUCCUCCAUGACCAUACAAAGGAGAAGAUUCUUGUCAUGUGCUACACCAAUCAUGCUCUCGAUCAGUUUUUGGAGGACCUUUUGGAUGUCGGUAUUGAUCCUUCAGGCAUCGUUAGGAUCGGUUCAAAGUCAACAGCGCGGACACAGCCGCUCAGCUUGUUUGAACAGCGAUCGUCAUAUAAGAGGUCAAAAGAAUCAUGGAACAUUCUAAACAGACUGAGAAGCGAUGCGUAUGCAGAUAAGGAGGCACUGCAUACCGCAUUUACAGACUACCAAAACCUGGUUAUCACUCCGCAUAUUGUCAUGGACUAUCUGGAAUUUGAGGAACCGGAAAUAUACGAUGCUCUUGUGGCGCCAGAGGAUGAAGAUGGCAUGACGGUAGUUGGCAGUGGAGGCCAUGCAAUUGGAAAAGAUUAUCUAUACGCGCGAUGGGUCAAAGGCAUGGAUGCCGGGGUGUUCGCGGACCGCCUGCCUGAAGCCAGCCGCAGUGUUUGGGAAAUGAGCAAGGAAGCGAGGAAUGAGAAACACCGCGUCUGGGAACAUGCAAUACUGGACGAACAGAUCACGACUGUGAAAACCCAUGCCGCGCAGUUCAACAAAUGCUGCAGUCGAUUAGAGAGCCUUUUGGGCGAGAAGACGAGGGAUAUUCUACGAUCCAAACGCAUUAUCGGCUGCACAACUACAGCCUCGGCUAAAUAUUCAAAGGUCAUUCGCAAUGUCUCUCCAGGAAUCGUACUCCUUGAGGAAGCAGGCGAAAUCCUCGAAUCACAUGUCCUUGCGGCAUUGGCCCCAGAGACAAGGCAGUUGGUGUUGAUCGGGGAUCAUCUGCAGCUCCGGCCCAAGAUAAACGAAUACGCAUUGAGUAUCGAGAAAGGCGAUGGGUACAAUCUUAACGUUUCACUUUUUGAAAGGCUGAUCCAUGUCGGGUAUCCGCAUACAACUUUACUAAAACAGCACCGAAUGUGUCCGGAAAUCUCAACGCUUGUUCGACGUCUCACCUAUCCCAACCUGGAAGACGAUCGAAAGACUUUGAGCCGGCCCCGACCGCGAGGACUGCAGGAUCGCGUGAUCUUCUUCCAGCAUGAACACCCCGAAGUCAGUUUCGCGGAAUUAUCCGAUAAACGGGAUGAAGGAUCCAAGCAAAGCAAGAAGAAUGCGUUUGAAGCAGAGAUUGUAUUACAGGUUGUGAAGUACCUCGGCCAACAGGGUUAUGGAACCGACAAGCUGGUUGUCUUGACUCCUUACCUGGGACAGCUGCAUCUGCUACGAGAGAUGUUAAGUAAACAAAAUGACCCAGUCCUGAACGACCUUGAUUCAUAUGACCUAGUCAAGGCGGGCCUCCUCUCGCAAGCGGGGGCCAAUCAUUCAAAGCGGCGGAUUAAGCUAUCAACGAUAGAUAAUUAUCAAGGUGAAGAAUGUGAGAUUGUCAUCGCAUCUCUAACCCGAAGUAAUAAAAACGGUGACAUUGGGUUUAUGGCGGCUCCUCAACGUUUGACUGUCCUGUUGUCACGGGCACGAAACGUUUUAAUAAUUGUGGGAAACGCGAAGACAUUUGUCUCAAGUCGAAAGGGAGAAAAGACCUGGAGGCCAUUUAUGGAUCAUCUGAAAUCCAACCGCCACCUUUAUGAUGGGUUACCUGUUAGGUGUGAACAACAUCCCCAGAAGACCGCUAUUUUAAAAACAAAGGAUGAAUUCGAAAGUGAAUGUCCGGAUGGCGGCUGCCCAGCACCAUGUGGUGUCAAGCUGGGGUGUGGGAUCCACGAAUGUCCGUCAAGAUGCCAUCAGCCGGUCGACCAUUCCAAGAUGAACUGUACCAGGAUCGUUGAAUGGACCUGUUCGCGUGGACAUUGCAGUUCCCAGGCUUGCGCGCAGGUCAAAGGGGCGUGUCGGUUUUGUAAUGAGGAAGAUCGGGCGAAAGAACGCAAACGGCAACGGAACCUCAAGCUUGAAGCAGAGAGAGAGAGAAGGCAAAAGGAAUACACCCGUCAUCUUGCUGAAGCCCAGGAUGAAAUCGCGUAUUUGAGGCGUCUGCAACGGGAUCAGUCUGAAGAGGACGAGCGGAUGAGAGUCCUUCGUGAGCAUUGGGAUGAAGUACAUCAUCUCAAGAACAUCCCAAAGAGACAGGACCCAGCUAUUCGGACAGCUCCUACCACCGUGGCAACAAAAGGCAUCAGUGACACAAGUACCAACUCAGUCGCCGGUGAACGGGUCCCUCAAAACAGCUGUCGAGUUACAGGCCGCCAGAACAAGUCUGCGACGACGUCAUCAGCUGCGAAGGAUGAUUGGGAGUACCAGAAAACGUUUCUCAAUGCUCAAAGCCGGGAAAUUGACACGUUGAUGGAAAUGAUCGGACUUGAAUCCAUCAAGGAAAAAUUCUUAGCUUUCAAGGCCAAGGUCGAUGUGUGUUUUAGGCAGGGGGUUGAUCUCCAAACCGAAAGGUUCGGGUCUGUCUUGCUCGGAAACCCCGGCACAGGAAAGACGACAGUGGCACGACUUUAUGCUCGCUUCCUGGCCUCUGUAGGAAUUAUCCCAGGCGAUACAUUCAUUGAGACAACCGGUUCGAGGCUGGCAAACGAUGGUGUCUCAGGGUGCCAGAAGACCCUCGAAAAGAUUCUGAACACCGGUGGAGGCGCAUUGUUUAUUGACGAGGCAUAUCAACUUGCGCAGGGAAGCAGCUUCGGAGGAACACAGGUCCUAGAUUUCCUCCUGGCAGAGGUUGAGAAUCUCACAGGGAAGAUUGUGUUCAUACUUGCCGGAUACCAGCAGCCGAUGGAGAAAUUUUUCUCCCAUAAUCUGGGGUUGCCAAGUCGCUUUCCUCAUGAACUCAAGUUCAAUGACUAUGACGAUGAUGAAUUUUUAAAAAUUUUUGAUUACAGUAUCAAGAAGCACUAUAAAAAUCAAAUGAAAGUUGAGGAUGGCCCGAGCGGACUGUACAGUCGCAUCGUCGCACGUCGUGUUGGACGAGGCCGUGGCCGCGAGGGGUUUGCCAAUGCAAGGGCGAUUGAAAAUAUCAGGGCCAGAAUUGCAGAGCGACAGUCUGAAAGACUCAAAUGGGAAAGGCUAAACCGGGUUGGUCAAUCAGAUGACUUUUUGUUGACGAAGGAGGAUCUCAUAGGGCCCGAGCCAUCUCGGGCACUGGAGAGUUCGUCUGCGUGGCAAAAACUGAAAAGCAUGAUUGGUUUGGGGUCAGUGAAGACGACUGUCCAGUCACUGCUGGACAGUAUCCAGUAUAACUACCAACGUGAAUUGCAAGAACUGCCCCCGGUCGGGUUUGCACUGAACAGGGUCUUCCUGGGGUCACCUGGGACUGGUAAAACAACAGUUGCGAAACUUUACGGUCAAAUAUUGGUCGGUAUUGGGAUGUUAUCUAACGGCGAAGUGGUGGUAAAGAAUCCUUCCGAUUUUGUUGGCAGCGUGAUUGGCGAGUCUGAGAAGAACACUAAAGGCAUACUUGCGUCUACUUUAGGUAAAGUUUUGGUCAUUGAUGAAGCCUAUGGCCUCUUUGCAGGGGGCACUUCUGACGGCACUGGCGCGAAAAGUGACCAAUACCGGAGUGCCGUGGUGGACACUAUCGUGGCGGAGGUGCAGAGCAUGGCCGGCGAAGAUCGAUGUGUUCUGCUUUUGGGUUACCGGGAACAGAUGCAGCAGAUGUUUCAGAACGUCAAUCCAGGCCUCAGUCGACGGUUCCCGCUAGAUCAGGCGUUGGAAUUUCAGGACUUUACCAAGGAGGAAUUGGACCAGAUCCUUACCAUGAAGUUGAAAGAGCAAGGGUUCAAUGUCACUGAACGUGGUCGAAGGGUAGCCUUGGAGAUGUUAGAACGAGCACGGAAUCGGCCUAAUUUCGGAAAUGCAGGGGAGGUCGACAUUCUGCUCAACUCCGCAAAAAUGCGGCAUCAGAGACGGAUCUCUUGUAUGCGGCAUGUGGCAGGUCCGCUGCACUCUACCUUGGAUGCCGAAGAUUUUGACGAAGACUUCGACCGUAGGGAGAGAGAUGACAAGAAUGUGGCAAGGUUAUUCGAGGGUGUGGUAGGAUGUGACGAGAUUAUUGCGAAGCUAGAAGGUUACAGGGAAAUUGUGAGGAAGAUGACACAGUUGGAAUGUGAUCCUCGCAAGGAAGUGCCUUUUAACUUUCUUUUCCGUGGUCCUCCAGGUACGGGGAAAACCAGUACGGCAAGAAAAAUGGGGCAAAUAUACUACGAUAUGGGAUUGCUGGCUUCGGCAGAUGUCGUUGAGGUCUCAACUACAGAUUUGGUUGGACAAUACGUAGGGCAGACUGGUCCGAAGACGCAAAAAGCCCUUGAACGUGCGCUUGGUAAGGUUCUGUUCAUUGACGAGGCAUAUCGGCUUGCCGAUGGACAAUUUGGGCAACAGGCCAUGGACGAGAUGGUGGACCGCAUAACAAAGCCCCAAUUUGCGCAAAGACUGAUUAUUAUUCUCGCCGGUUACGAUGCCGACAUCAACCGCUUAAUGGCGAUUAAUCCAGGACUUACUAGCCGCUUCCCAGAGUCAUUACAGUUCAACUCCUUAUCUGCUCCUGAUUGCAUCGCUCUCCUGACAUCUUUGUUCCAGAAGCGCAAAAAGGAUAUGCAAGAUAAGUCGAAUGUGGAAUUUGAUCUUGGUGUUCUUGAGCACCCACGAGACGAUUUCCGUAGAGAUCUGAUUCAACAUUUCAAUCUACUCUCCAGGACCGCCAGCUGGGCAAAUGCACGUGACAUCGAUAUCCUUGCCAAGGACAUUUUCAGAAAGGUUCUCCAAGGUACCGAUCGGAAUUGCCUUGUUAUUACUGAAACGGCUGUACUCCAAUGUGUGGAUCAAAUGGUGACCGAACGCUUGAAGAGAGAACAAUGUCAGCGCACGCACCAUCUACCGUCGCAGGAUAAAGCUGAGGCAACAUCUCUCAGUUUGCCUGUUCGAGUCAAUAGCCAUAGCUCCUCGAAUACGGAAAUGGCAACGAGCAAUAAACCGGAUGCAAAACAUCGUUCACUCUCCGGCCUCCCACCUACAGAUACUGGUCCGCGAGAUACUGAAGUCACGGAUGAAGUGUGGAGCCAACUCCAGCAGGACAAGGCCGCUGCUGAAGCUCGAGAAAAGGAAUAUCUGGAUUUGAGAGCGGCCGAAGAGAAGCAGGCAAAGGCUCUUCGGAAAGCGAAGGAAGACGAGGACAUUGUGGUUCGGGAAGUGGAAGAAGCACGGCGAAGUGGCCAUGAGGAGACUAGGGCCCGCCAUGAACAAACCCGCCUGCAACGCGAGCUAGAAAGAAGGGCACGGGAAGAGGAACUGGAAAAAAUCCGCAAACAGAGAGAGCAGGUGGAACGAAAUCGCCGCCGAGAGCAGCAAGCGCAGGCAAAAUUGCGGGAAAUGGGAGUCUGUGUCAUGGGCUACCGCUGGAUAAAACAAACUGGCGGUUACCGCUGUGCUGGUGGCAGCCACUGGGUCUCAGAUGCGCAGCUUAGAUUAUGAGGGAGGACGUUUCUCUGGCUUCUUGAGUGUGAGACUUUACGGGGUUAAAAGUCUGGCUGAAGGGAGAGGAGACUGAAGUAACUAAACUGGGAAGAUUUGUCAUCCAAGGGCUGUUAGUUGGCUUUAAGGAUAGGUAUGAGUUAAACUCUGAAGCAGGCCCGCACAUGGGACAUGAUCAAUCGGAGGAAUCUGAUAGCAUUGUCAGCAUAUAAGUAACGAGGUACCUAAUUGAGUACUUCAGUUACAAGGUGCGCCUAUAGUUGUC